AUGGUCAGGUCAACAACGAUAUUCAGAGUGCACGAUGGGCUGCCACUGGCUGCCAGUGUGGAUGAUGAGAGUACGGAGAAAGCAUUGACGGAGUACAAACAACAAUCGAAAUUGAUAUUCAGAAGGCUGAACGCAAAUAGUGAACCUGCAUGCUCGAUCGAAUCUGGUCAAUAUACCUUACAUUACUUGAUAGUGGAUAAAGUCAUUUACAUGUGUAUAUGCGAUUCCUCCUAUCCUCGUAAACUAGCUUUCAGUUAUCUAGACGAAUUAUCAAAAGAGUUCCAAAGAUCUUAUGAAGGGAAGAUAGAAGGUGUUACUAGACCAUAUGCAUUUAUGGGAUUCGACACAUUCAUAUCGAAGACUACACGUUUAUAUCGAGAUUCCCGUUCUCUAACUCAGGGUGCUGGUCCGGCAGCUUCUGCCUCGUCGUCAAACCAACCUCCAAACCAACUUGAUCAAUUGAAUGAAAAUUUAAAGGAUGUAACGAGGAUAAUGACUAAGAAUAUGGAAGAUCUAUUAUGGAGAGGUGAUUCUCUAGAUCGAAUGUCACAUUUAUCGACUUCUUUGAGAUCUGAGUCUGCAAAAUACAGAAAAGCAGCCAGGAAUAUAAACCUUCAAGCUCUGAUUCGAAAAUGGGCUCCAGUAGGAGGGAUAGGAUUCGUCGUCAUUUUGUUUAUCUGGUAUAGGUUUUUCUAA